GUAGCGAUGCCUCCCGAGAAGGUUGAUUAUGCAGAGAUUCAACAAAACGAAGUCGAGGCCCUGAGGGCCAUUUACAUGGAUGAAUAUGAGGAGAUACCCACGGCUUCGGCAUGGAACAAAACGGCGGCGCCGGCUUUUAUUCUUCAUAUGAAGGCGACCGAAUACCCGGACCCACCGGUGUCGGUUGACCUCCAGAUCCAGAUGACGAGCACAUACCCGAAGACGGCACCAACCAUCAAUCUGACCAAUGCAGUAACAGUUCUCGGCUCCGCGCUUACAAAGCUGAAGACGAUGUUGAACGAUCAUGCUAAGAGCAAUCUGGGGAGCGAGAUGAUUUACGACUUGGCCGUCAUGACGCAGGACUUCCUGAACGAAUGUCAGGCAGACGCACGCAAACGAGCUGCGAGCUUGGGCGACGAACGAGCAAAGCGACUGGAUGAUGCCGAGAGAUUGGCGGAGGAAGCAGAAGAGAAGAGACGCAAAGAACGGGAGGAGGCGCUCUUGGAGGAGAACAGGGUUCUCGAAGCACUGAUUCAGGAGGAAUUAAAACGCAAGAAGGAGCGUCUAAAGGAGAUCUCACAAGAGCAGAAGAUCAAGCAACAGAAUGAAGCCGAGACGCACGUACCAGUGGUAAAGGGCAUGGUGGGAGAAGUGGUUACAUUCGACAGAGUGACGCAGGUCAAGCAAGGUGCACAAACUUUAACCUUCAAAUCGGUAACUGGAUUGGUUCUUCUGGGUCGAGGAGGCUUGGUUACGGUACGCUUGGUAAAGCCAAUCGUCGAAGGAUCUGGCGCAAACACGACACUGGUGCUGAAGGAAGUCGACCUCUUGACGGAGUACUGGGAAUCCUUGGAAGGAAAGAAGCUAAUUCAGAAGCUCGAGCGUGAGCUUGACACCAUCCGGGCGCUUGACCAUCCUUAUAUUGCGAGAGUUUACGACUUCCGUGUUUCCCGACAAACGAAAGGUUGGACAAUCCAGGUUCUAGAGGAGUACUGCAAUGGGGGAUCUAUGUACAGUCUUCUCGACACGGUUGGAACCGUCAGUCCACGGCACGCACGGCAUUGGAUGAGUCAGCUUCUCGAAGGUCUUUGCCAUAUACACAAGCAUGGUUUUAUCCAUCGAGGUAUCCGUUUGGGUUGUGUACUGUUGUCUUCAGAAGACGAGGAGAAAGUGGCAAAGUUGUCCGACGCUUGCUUCUCGCAGCGGCUGCAUGAAAUGAACGACACCCAUCCAUUCACGUCAGAAAAGCAUACAUACCAGGAUCAUCUGCCAAUCUCCGAGGGGUGGUAUCCCCCAGAAACAGUCCGGGGCUCCGAUAAGCGGUCGUACAGCCGUAAAACAGAUAUCUGGAACCUCGGUAUCGUAUUCGUCCAGAUGGUCUACGACAAGGAGGUUGUCGUACGCUACCGAUCACCCAACGAGCUAAUCAAGUCACGGCAGGUUGCGGCGGAUCCCUUACUGCGUGACUUCCUCGCCCGUAUUUUUCAUGCCGAUUAUCGCAAGCGAGCCUCUGCGGAUGAACUCCUCCAUGAUCAGUACUUCCGUCAGGGUAUGGCUCUUGCCGAACCGGAGUAUCGCGGAUCUCGUUCCCCUACACGACAGGUAUCUUCCACCUCUUCCAGGGAGCCUGCGUUGAUGUCGCGAUACAAAACGGACUUCGAAGAGCUGGAAUUUUUGGGUAAGGGUGGUUUCGGCGAAGUUGUCAAGGCGAGAAACCGUCUUGAUGGACGGUUAUACGCAAUCAAGAAGGUCAAGCUCGGGAAGAACGAGAACGAGAAUACGCGUAUUUUGCGAGAGGUCAUGACCUUGUCACGUCUUCAUCACCAAUAUGUCGUUCGCUACUUCACGACGUGGUUGGAGAGGGCGUCACCUUCGCGUAAGAAUGGGAAGAAAGGCCGGGGAACGGAGACGGAGACUGAAACCGAGACUGAUCUAACUCAAUCGCUGAGCUUCGGUGUUGACGAGCCAUCAGAAGUGCCGAUUGACUUCAUGUCGUCGAGUGGAUUCCGCAGUGUACGCUUUGCCGAGUCUGAGAGCGACGACAGUGAUUCUGAUGAUUCUGUGGCUACAGCCACCGUGGAUAAUGACUCUGAUGAGGAUUCUGAUUCGGAGGAUGAAGGCAAGAAAUCACCUGGAACUUUGUUCAUCCAAAUGGAGUAUUGUGAGAAACAAACAUUACGCGAUGCCAUCAGAGACGGUAUCUCAAAGGAUGACGCCUGGCGACUCUUCAGACAAGUUCUUGAAGGUUUGUUGCACGUUCACUCCCAGAACAUGAUUCAUCGCGACCUGAAGCCCAACAACAUUUUCUUGGACGACCAGGGAGAUGUGAAGAUUGGUGAUUUUGGUCUUGCGACAACUAGCCAUACUCCAUUGGAGGAUGUCGAUACGCGUCUUAGUGCUUCAAUGACCUUUGACGAUGGUGAUGACUUCACCUCAGGCCUGGGUACAGCUCUCUAUAUGGCACCCGAAGUUGCGUCAAAGUCAAAUACAAAGUAUACUUCCAAGGUCGACAUAUACUCUCUUGGUAUUAUCUUGUUCGAAAUGGUUUAUCCCUUGACUACGGCAAUGGAGCGAGUUGAUAUUCUUCGUCGCCUUCGAGCACCUGAGCCAGAGUUUCCUCCGAACUUUCCGACUGACUUGGAGAAUCAGAGGAAGGUCAUUCAAUGGUGUUUGCAGCACGUCCCCAGCGAUCGGCCUUCCAGUAGUCAGCUGCUACAGAGCAAUUUGCUGCCCACUAAGAUCGAAGACGAGUACAUUCAAGAGAGUAUUCGGACAUUGACGAACCCGAAUACUCCACACUUUGCCAGGCUCAUGGCACAAUUGUUCGGACAAUCGGGCGAGCGCGUCCGAGAUCGCUUCAAGGAUCUCACAUACGAUUUCGCUGUGAAGGUGGAGCCCCAUCAACAGUACGAGGUCCUGUUCGCUAUUCUCCGAGAGCAUCUCAGCGCUGUGUUCCGUCGACACGGUGCUGUCGAGACAUUGCGUAACUUGCUAAUUCCUGCUAGUCCAUUUUAUGCGAAUAGUCCUUCGGUAGUUACCUUAAUGGACAGACAGGGAUCACUUGUGCAGCUACCCUAUGACCUCACGCUACCUUACGCCAGGUCAAUUGCCCGUUCAAACAGUGGCAUAAGCAAGACCUUUACUUUCGGUAGCGUGUACCGCGAGAACACCGCGGGAGGGCAGCCUCGGGCUGUUUGCGAACUUGAUUUCGAUAUCGUUGCGCCCAUGUCUGUUGAGCCCACAUUGUGCGAAGCCGAGGUUCUCAAGGUGAUUGACGAGGUUAUCGAGAGCACGCCUUCCCUAGCCUCGCGCUCUACGACUAUCCUCCUUAACCAUUCCGAUAUCCUUGACGCCAUUCUUGACUACUGUGGCAUCGACGAGAAGACGAAACCUAGUAUCAUCCAUAUGCUUGGUCAAAGUGGUGGGAUGCUGAGCAUGGCAGAAAUCAAGUUGAACCUGCGAUCAACGGUAUCAGGAUCUAUACUCGAUGAGCUAUCCCUAUUCGAUUUCAGGGACGAUUUCGAGAAGGGUAUUCAGCGUCUUCUACACAGUUUUGCGAGGCCGAGCAAGAUUGUCACCGGCGCCGUGGAGCACCUACGGGUCGUUGCCUCGCACAUGAAGCAUAUGAAUGUCAAGCGGCCCGUUCAGUUCAUGCCGUUGUGCGUGUACAACCCGAAUGCAUACCGCGGUGGAAUCAUGUUUCAGGCUGUCGUCGAGGGUAAGCGUAGAGAUCUUAUUGCUGCGGGCGGACGAUAUGAUACACUGGUGGAGUACUACUCGCCUCACCGACCCAUGCACCAUGCAGUUGGUUGUAACAUUGCCGUUGAGAAGAUCCUUUCUGGGUUAGCCAAUUAUCAGAAGACUGCCUCUGCUGCGUUGAGGACCCGCCGAUCUGAUCUGGAGCCGCUCUAUGGCCCAUGGGUACCGCGAAGAUGUGAUAUCCUAGUAGCAAGUUUCGGUAAAGAGCUCCUUCGUGAGCGACUUGAAAUAGUGCAGGAAUUGUGGAGUCAUGGCAUCCGUGCUGAGCUUGCCCACAAUGAACUCUACAACGCCCAUACUCCCGAAGAUCUUGGUGCCGCGACCAGGGCCGACGGAGUCUGCUGGAUCAUCAUCGUCAAGCAGAAGCAUUCCGAUCAUGCUCGUCGAGAACAGCAAGCAGUGAAAGUCAAGAACUUGUUACGCCGUGAUGAGGAAGAGGUGCCCAGAGCCGAACUUGUGACAUACUUCCAGGGAGAGCUAGCUGAACGGACUCGCCGUGAUGCUUUGGGUCAACAGGUGCCACGCCUGGCUAAGCACACUUCCAAUACUGGUGAUUUCUUCGCGGAGAUCAAUGUGACCGUUCUGAGUCAAGACAAACACAGGAAAAACAAGCUCAAGGCGAAACAGGUUGUCACGAACAAGGCAUAUGAAAGUGUUCAAGACAUCUUGUCAGACCUUAACAGCGGCGAAGUCGGUGUCAUCGCCCUCGAAAUAGGCGAAGACCUAUUCCAGAAACUGAAAAUGGUGAAACUUAACGAUGAUGACGCAUGGAAAACCUUAAUCAUGGACGCACCUGCGAUGGAGCGUCCAUACCUUAAUCAAUUACGUACGGAGUUGGAGAAGUUGGCGAAGGAGGGGAAGAAGCGGAUAUUCCUGCAUUGUUGGAAGGCGGCGCACUCUACUCAUCUUUACGAGUUGUCUUAG